GCUAACCUCAAACUCACGCUAACCCGGCUAACCUUGAAUCCCGAACCAUCGAACCUCGCGCUCUGUUCCCGCCCGCGUUCCGUGACGACGAAAUCACCGAUGGCUCUCGCUGGAAGCGUAAUCUGAAUGAUUUCAAGCAUUUCGGCAAUCAACUGGAUCACCUGAUUCGAAUAUCUUCAUCAGAGACAUGCCUAACUGCUUGUCAUCGCCAAGAAGUUUACUCAAGUACAAACGUGAAAGAAUUAUGAUGACAAAAAUGGAUAAGAUGGUGAUACGGGUGCUGUACGGAAGUGAGACUGGAACUGCACAAGACGUCGCUGAGCAAAUCUGGAAGAGCGCCAAAAGGAAGGAAUUGCAAAGCACUGUCUCGUCGCUGGAUGAUUAUGAAAUUCAAAAUCUUCCUUCCGAACAACUAAUCAUCUUUGUUGUUGCAACAACUGGACAAGGAGACCCUCCAGCCAACAUGAAACAAUUCUGGAGACAUCUAUUACGCAAAAAUCUUCCAGUGACUAUGCUUCAAAAUCUAAAAUAUGGCGUACUUGGAUUGGGCGAUAGUUCGUAUUUAAAAUUCAACUUUGCCGCAAAGAAAUUGAAUAAACGUCUUGCGCAAUUAGGUGGAAAAGAAUUAUUAUCCAUUGGACUUGCCGACGAUCAGCAUAAUCUGGGAAUUGAUGCUGUAGUUGAUCCCUGGAUCAAAAAAUUAUGGGAAGAAAUUGCUGACAUUUUUGAAAUUUCUGUAGAAGACAAAAUAAAUGAAGAAAAUUUAAUAAUUGAAAGAUAUGACGUUUCAAUAAUAGAAAUAAAUCAAUUAAAUCCGACAUAUAUUAAUAAAUUAAUAGAUAGUCCGUAUCAAUCAAAUACUGACAUCUAUGCACAAGAAACAUUGAUAAAUAGUGAUGUUAGGAUAGGAAAAAUAAUCGAAAAUAUAAGAACUACUUCCGAAGACCAUUUUCAGGAUGUUAGAAUAAUAACAAUCCAUGCAGAUAACAUUAAGUAUGAUCCAGGAGAUAUUAUUUAUAUUAGACCGAAAAAUACUGCAGAACAAGUGAAACGAUUCUUUAAUAUAUUACACGAACAUAAUAUAAAAUUGUUUCCAGAUAUGGUAAUUCGAAUAUCAGAAAAAGAAAUAAAGAUUCCGUUUGUUUUAAAACAAGAUUUAACUUUGAGUGAGAUUGUUGAGCAAUACUGGGAUCUGAAUUUCAAGCCACGAAGAUCUACUAUGCACACUUUAUCUCUUAUUAGUGAAAAUGAACUGGAAAAAGAGAAAUUGUGUGAAUUUGCUAGUCCAAUUGGCCAAGAAGAGCUUUAUGAUUAUAUAAACAGGCCUAGAAGAAACAUUUUGGAGGUUCUCACAGAUUUUCCUCACACAACUAGUAAACUAAAUAUCAAAUUAUUGUUUGAAAUUAUGUCACCCAUAAAGCCACGUCCUUAUAGCAUUGCCUCCAGUUUAGAAAACACUCCAAAUAUAGUACAAAUUUUGGUAGCAAUAGUCAAGUUUAAAACUAGAUUGGUGGAGCCAAGAUUUGGGUUAUGUUCAAAGUGGCUGGCAAAUUUAAAAAAUAAUGACAAAGUGAUAUUUUGGCUGCAGAGAGGAACUUUUCGAUUUGACAAUGAAAAACCGAUGAUUUUAAUUGGUCCUGGAACUGGAGUAGCACCGUUUAGAUCUUUACUUUUAGAAAGAGCGAAAAAAGAAAAAAAAUUGACAGAAUCUGUCCUAUUUUUUGGAUGCAGGAAUGAAAAUAAGGAUUAUCAUUGCAAGGAAGAUUUCGAACGUUUAUCAAGUACAAAUAAUCUGAAAGUAUUCUGUGCAUUUUCCAGAGAUCAGGAUCACAAAAUAUAUGUGCAACAUCUUAUUCGUCAACAAAAGCAAUUAUGUUGGAAGUUAUUAGAAAAUGAUGGGAAUGUUUAUUUAGCGGGAACAGAACCUGUACGUCUUUCACCAGGAUGGGAAGGUACAGGUAGACCCGACGACGAAUUGAAUUUCAAGGGUGUUACAAUGGAUCAAGCAGAUCUUGAAUUAAAUCCUCCUAGAGAUAGAUUAAAUUUAGUAUUUUUCAUAUUGAUACUUCAUGGAAUUGGUGCCUUGAUACCAUGGAACAUGUUUAUAACAGCUAAAAAUUAUUUUAUCGAAUACAAAUUGUCUAAGGAAUACACUGGUAUAGCUACAAACUAUAAUACAAAUUUCCUUCCGUAUUUGGGAUUUGCAUUUCAAGUACCGAAUUUGUUGUUCAAUUGGCUGAAUAUAUUUAUACAGUUUGGAGGCAACUUAACAACGCGUAUAGUAUGGAGUAUUUUUGUUUUGGUCUUGAUAUUUGUCUUUACUGUCGUUUUGGCGAUGACUGACAGUUCUGGUUGGCCCGGAAUAUUCUUUUGGAUUACUAUCGUAUCUGUUGUUAUAUUAAGUACUGCCAAUGGCAUUUAUCAGAAUUCAGUAUUUGGAAUGGCAGCUAAAUUACCCAUUAAAUACACAGGCGCUGUUGUCUUAGGCACGAAUAUCAGUGGAACUUUUGCAGCCGUAAUAAACUUUCUGGCCCAAAUAAUGGCGCCAAAUGCGCGCACCGCCGCCAUAUAUUACUUCAUCACAGCUUUGUUCAUUCUUUUAGCUUGUUUUGACACAUACUUUGCACUUCCAAUUAAUAGAUUUUAUCGAUAUCAUGAACUUCUUCAUCAAAAGGAACUGAAUAAAAGACAGUUAGAGAACAGUUCAAGAGGAAAAUAUAGACCAGCUUAUUGGACAGUAUUCAAGGCAUGUUUUCCACAAUGCUUCAACACAUUUUUAAUCUUCUUUGUUACUUUAGCACUUUUCCCAUCUGUCCAAUCCUAUAUACAAUCUUCGGACGAAAAUUUCGUGAUUCCAUCUAAGUAUUACAGCAGUGUUAUGUGCUUUUUAACAUUUAAUAUCACUGCCAUGCUGGGAAGCUUGAUUGCGUCAUUGGUUCAAUGGCCGAGCAAAAAGUAUCUGGUGAUUCCAGUGAUUUUGCGACUUGCUUACAUACCGUUGUUCUUGCUUUGCAACUAUCAGCCAGAUGACACGGAUAGAAUACUACCGAUUCUUAUCAAGAAUGAUUGGGUGUUCUGGAUCAUUGCUAUUACUAUGGGCCUUAGUAGCGGCUAUCUGUCAUCACUAUCGAUGAUGUAUUGCCCUAGAAUGGUGGAUUCACAAUACGCCUCAACAGCCGGCAUGUUUGGCGCAGCGUCUUUGAUUACGGGAAUUUUCACGGGACUUCUAUUUGCAACGGUGAUGCCUUUCAUCGUAGCCAACGUAACAUUUUGAUUGUUUUAAAGAUAAGAUUUAGCAUAGCGAUAUGCGAUUAUACUCAGGAGCAAAGAAAGAGUGGGAAUUAAGAGUGCACAAUCUGUCUCCCAUAAUUACAAAUUAAUAUAAUGUGAAAUAACAAGAACCGUGAAGAAAUAAGAAUGUCGAAGAGAAAAUGUUAUUCCUAAGAACAACUUGAAAAAUGACAUUUCAGAAACAAAAUUAAUUCUUUGACAUAAAUAAGAGAUGUUUUGGAGAAUGCUUGUUUGCUUAUAUAUACGCGUUAAACAUAUACAUAUAUAUAUCUAAUCUUACAAUACUUUAAAUAACUAUAAAAACAAGCUUUUAAUUAAGCAAAAGCCGUUUGAAGUGCGUGUUUCUUAAAAACGUGUGGUUUGAAGUUUUUAUUGAUUGAUAAUUUUUAAAGUCCCGUAAAUAAGAGAAAAUAGAUACGAAAGUAAAUUAAGAUCAUAUAAAGUGCAUUAAUGACACAAUAAAAUCGUCUCACAACAGAUUUAUAUAGGGAAUACCGGAAUCCAUGGUUUUGAGGAAUCUAAACUAAUUCUACUAUAUAUUACUACUGCCCCUAUAUAAUACUAAAACCGGACCAAUAAGCCUUAUUAAAAAAAAGAAGCUAUGCGACGUCCCAUUUUUCAUAUUGUUCAACUAGAAAUCGCUAAAUCAUUAAAUUUAUCGGGAAGAUCACAUCUUUACAUCCAUAUAAUUCGUUGCGCGUUUAACGCUAAACAUAACUUUCAUUUACUACAAUAACAUAAAAAAAAAA